AUGCCAUUCCAUAAGUACAUUUUUACACCGAGGCUACUGAAAGAAUAUGAUGGAUCCCGGGACAAUUACGAACCAGGAACAUUGGAAAAAUAUGGAGAUCAGCUACUGACAGCUCUUAAUCUGAUGUGGAGUUUCAGUUACUACACCUCCCCAAUCCUCGUGUCCAUUCUGUAUCGGCGCGGUUAUUUUGUCGCCGAAUCGGUUGGCACCUUUGCGAAGGUGACGACCGGUAUCGGGCUGUUGGUGGCAGUAUCCCUGUGUAUGCGAGGUUUGGGACGGUCGAUGAAUAUGGUGUACGUUCGAUUUGCGGAAACGCUUGAAAAUGCACGGCGCAAUAGCGAUCGCUGCGGCGAUCCAAAAACUGCCCUCCGGCGAUACGACUUUGAUUUCCAUCAAUGGCCAAUCGAUUACACCGUCAAAGGUGGAAGUCGUCAAACGACAGCUCAGCGAAAUAAGAAUUUCUGGAUUUCAUCGCUCCCGUGCCAGAUUGCGGCUUACGUUGCUAUACACACGUUUGGUAUUCGAAUGAUUUAUCCUGGUUCGGUGCGGCUACUACAAAGCUAUGUUGAACCGAUGCUUAUUGAAGGCCGGACGAAGCUAGUUACUCAGUGCAAUGGCCAACGUAACAAAGUGAAAACCGCCGAUGGGAACGAAAUAGAUACGAUCGUAGUUGAUAAUAGGCACAAAAGUGCCAACGGUAAAACGCUCGUCAUCUGCUCGGAGGGAAAUGCCAGCUUCUACGAGAUCGGCAUCAUGUCCACACCGCUGGAUUUAAAAUAUUCUGUGCUGGGUUGGAAUCAUCCCGGAUUCGCAGGAAGUAGCGGACGUCCGUACCCGGAUCAAGAUCAAAACGCGAUCGAUGCUGUACUGCAGUUCGCCAUUCGAGAACUUGGCUUUAAGCCGGAAAAUAUUCUCCUCUACGGUUGGAGCAUCGGAGGAUAUUCGACACUUUAUGCAGCUUCUCAGUAUCCAGAGGUGAAGGGAGUUAUUCUGGACGCAACGUUUGACGAUGUGCUGCAGCUUGCUUUGCCCCGUAUGCCGGAACGAAUUUCAAACAUUGUCAAAAUCGCCAUUCGGGAUUACGUUAAUUUAAACAAUACAGAACUGAUCGUUAGAUACAAUGGACCGGUGCUGUUGAUACGACGAACGGAGGAUGAAAUUAUUUGCUCAGAAGAUGCUAAUUUAGGUACAAAUCGAGGAAAUUACCUGCUCAUCAGUAUGCUUAAGUAUCGUUUUCCGAACAUCUUCAAGCCGGAACAGGAAGCGCUCGCGAAAGAGCUACUAUCGAAACCGGUCGAUUUCAUCAAGAAUGUGCCGGAAGAGUAUUGCAUCUCGCUACUGAUGUCCUACCUUAGCGACAAUGGCAACAAUGGUACCAGUCGAAGCUACCCCAUAGAAAUUGGUGCCGAGUACACAACCGAGCAACGUAACUCAAUGGUUAAAUUCCUGAUUAAAAAAUACUUGCUGGACUUCAAAUCGACCCACUGCACUCCGCUACCAGAAGAAUUCUUCCAGUCACCGUGGGAAAUUCCAUCCGAAACGGAUUACGUUUUCACAUAA